AUGGCCUGCCCCGAUGUCCGCCAGACUCUCAUUCAACAACUUAAGGGCCAGGAUCUUCAUAUUCUUGAUCUUGGUCUACUCUUCAAACAAUGGCCAAAAGACGUGAGCCCUUGUCUAGAAGGCCUCCGAACUCUAACUGCAGAGCGGAUUGCAAGCUUCACUGAGUUGACCAGGAGCCGCAAAUUGAUGUCGAAAAUCGAUGUGGGACUAUUCAUAUCAACUUGGUACUCAAAAGUCAAUCUGGAGCGUGGAGACAUCUUGUCCUGCGUAGUUCUUUGGCUAUUCACAUGGGAUGACUAUAGUGAUGACUACCAUGAAGUUCCAGGGAAUGAGAUCAUCGCUUUCUUCAAGGUGAUUGGCGAUGCAGUAUGCGAGGCUUAUGAGCACAGCAAGUCUCAGUCCAAGCCUCCAUCAGCCCGUGUCUUCCAUACCAAAAAGUCGGUAUCUCUGGCUAACUUGAGCAUCGAUCAGACCAUCGACAGAUUCUUUUCGAUGAAAUUGGUUGCUUCAUAG